UAAUAUAUAAAGUAUGUAAUGUAGAGACGCAGAGUGAUAGAGAAAGGAAAAAUGUGGAAGCUUAAGAUAUCGGAAGGAGGGAAUGAUGGUUAUAUUUACAGUAUCAACAAUUUUCUCGGAAGGCAAACAUGGGAAUUUGAUCCUCAUGCUGGUACUCCUCAGGAGCUGCAUGAAGUUGAAGAAGCUCGACGGUAUUUCUGGGAAAAUCGUUUUCAAGUCAAGCCUUGCUCUGACCUUCUUUUGCAAUUUCAGUUCUUACGAGAGAAAAACUUCAAGGAAACAAUUUCAAAAGUCAAGAUUGAAGAUGAUGAAAACAUUACAAGAGAAGCUGCCACAGCUGCUUUGAGGAGGAGCGCUCAUUUUAUGUCUGCCUUGCAGGCGAGCGAUGGUCAUUGGUGUGCAGAAUUUAGUGGUGCAAUGUUUUUCACACCUCCUAUGGUCUUUUGCCUCUAUAUUACAGGACAUCUCAGUUCUAUAUUUCCUGCAGAAUACCGUAAAGAGAUCCUACGUUAUGUUUACUGCCAUCAGAAUGAAGAUGGUGGAUGGGGACUUCAUAUAGAAGGUCAUAGCACUAUGUUCUGUACGGUUCUCAACUAUAUAUGCAUGCGAAUACUCGGGGAAGGAGCUGAUGGCGGAAAAGAGAAUGCUUGCGAAAGAGGUAGAAAAUGGAUUCUUGAUCAUGGUGGUGCAACUGCCAUAAGCUCUUGGGGAAAGAUAUGGCUAUCAAUUCUUGGAGUGUACGAAUGGGAAGGGAGCAAUCCUGUGCCACCUGAGUUUUGGCUCCUUCCACCAAAAUUUCCAGCACAUCCAGCAAAUAUGAAUUGCAUCUCUCGACAAAUUUUCGCAUCUAUGUCGUAUUUAUAUGGAAAGAGAUUUGUUGGUCCAAGCACACCAUUGAUUUUACAACUAAGAGAAGAAAUUUAUAACGAACCUUAUAACACGAUUAAUUGGAAAAGGGCACGUCAUCUAUGCGCGAAGGAGGAUAAUCAAUAUCCCAAGAGUUUUACACAAAAGUUAAUGUCGGAUGUUCUUUACACAUUUACGGAGUCUUUUUCGAGUCGCUGGCCCUUCAAUAAAUUACGGGAGAAGUCUGUUAAAAUAGCAAUGGAUCAUAUUCAUUAUGGAAAUGAAAGUACUCGAUACAUUAAUAAUGGAUGCAUAAUAAAGGCACUUAACAUGCUUGCUUGCUGGGUUGAAGAUCCCAAUGGAGAAACUUUUAAGAAACAUCUUGCAAGGGUUCCAGAUUAUAUUUGGAUUGCAGAAGAUGGAAUGAAAAUAAAGUUCAUGGGUUCUCAAUUAUGGGAUACCAGUUUUGUUCUCCAAGCUCUGCUUGCUAGUAAUCUUGGUAGUGAAAUGGGACCUACAAUUCAAAAGGCAUACAAUUUUAUAAAGGAUACUCAGAUCUCUGAAAAACCACUAGGCGACUACAAAAACAUGUUUUGUCAUGUAUAUAAAGGUGCAUGGCCUUUUUCAGAUAUUGAUAAUAAUGUGCAAGUUUCUGAUAAUUCUGCGGAAUGUAUGAAGUGUUGUCUACUUUUCUCAAUGAUGUCCUCUAAAAUCAUUGGUGAGAAAAUAGAACUGCCCGACUUGUUCGAUUGUGUUGAUGUCAUACUUUCUCUUCAGAGCAAGAAUGGCGGCAUGCCGGCCUUUGAACCGGCAAGAGGAGCGCCAUGGCUUGAGUGGUUCAGCCAUGUGGAAUUCUUUGAAAAGAUUGUAGUUGAGCAUGAGUAUGUAGAAUGCACUUCUUCAACACUUCAAGCAUUAGUUCUAUUUCAAAAGUUAUACCCUACACACAAGAAGGAGGAGAUUGAUCAUUUCAUUAAAAAUUCUAUAAGGUUCAUUGAAGGCACACAAAGGACUGAUGGUUCAUGGUAUGGAAAUUUUGGAGUAUGCUUCACGUAUGGCACCUUCUUUGCACUUAAAGGGUUAGCCGCUGCUGGCAAGACAUAUAAAACUUGUUCGGCUAUUCGCAAGGGUGUCGAUUUUCUUCUUAAAUCACAAGAAAGCGAUGGCGGAUGGGGAGAGAGUCACCUUUCAUGCCCCGAAAAGAUGCAUGUUCCCCUCAAAGAUAAUCGAUCAAACCUAGUACAGACAGCAUUAGCUAUGAUGGGCUUGAUUUAUGGUGGACAGGUCGAACGAGAUCCUACACCCCUACAUCGUGCCGCAAAGCUGUUGAUAAAUUCUCAAACUGAAUUGGGUGGUUUUCCCCAACAGGAAAUAACUGGAGCAGUCAUGAGCAGUAGUUUGUUUCACUAUGGCUUGUAUCGACAUUAUUUUCCAUUCUGGGCCUUAGCAGAAUACUGUCAUCAUGUUCCUUUGCCUACUAAAAUUAUUUAAGAAUGUCAAAUUUACAUAUUUCUCUUUUUAAUAAAAUCAUGAGCAUGGAAAAAUGUUCGAACCAUACAAGUGAAACCGUACAAUUGUAUUUUUCACUUAAUU